AACCUUAUCAUAUGUGGUAGUAUAGUCAGCACAUUUGUGUGUCGCUAUAAACAGUUUCAAAAACUAGAGACACGAAUCUGUAUUUACGGAAAGUUAUUUUGUGGGUUUUGUUUGGUUACUUCGUUAAUGGCAUAUAUUUCCAAUUUGUUGUAAUAAAUUAUUGUCCUAGGAGUGUGUGCGUACAGUUUUAUCUAGUGAUCAACAAAUGUAACUAUAAACAAUUUAUGUUAACAGAGGCCCUUGUCUUUUGAUCUAGCCAGUACCAAACAAACAGCGCCACCAUGGACGCGAUCAAGAAGAAAAUGCAAGCGAUGAAGCUUGAAAAAGACAAUGCGGCUGAUAAAGCCGAUGCGAUGGAAGGUCAGUACAAGGACGCCAACGGUCGCGCUGAAAAAGUCAAUGAGGAAGUACGUGACCUUCAAAAGAAACUCUCUCAAGUCGAAAAUGAUCUGACCACCAACAAAAAUGCCUUAGAAAAUGCCAACCAAGAACUUGAAAACAAAGAAAAACAAUUGACUCAGGCUGAAUCUGAAGUAGCCGCUCUUAACCGUAAAGUACAACUUAUUGAAGAAGACUUGGAAAGAUCCGAGGAACGUUUGGGCACAGCUACCACUAAAUUGGCUGAAGCUUCCCAAGCUGCUGAUGAAAGCUCCCGAAUGUGCAAAGUAUUGGAAAACCGUUCUCAACAAGAUGAGGAACGCAUGGACCAACUCACCAACCAAUUGAAAGAAGCCCGUCUCUUGGCUGAAGAUGCUGACAACAAAUCUGAUGAAGUAUCCCGUAAACUGGCCUUCGUUGAAGACGAACUUGAAGUAGCUGAAGACCGUGUUAAGGGUGGAGAUGCCAAGAUCAUGGAACUCGAAGAAGAAUUGAAAGUCGUAGGUAACUCUCUCAAAUCUCUCGAAGUAUCCGAAGAAAAGGCCAACCAGAGGGUAGAAGAAUUCAAGAAACAACUUAAGAGCCUUACCGUCAAACUAAAGGAAGCUGAAGCACGUGCCGAAUUCGCAGAAAAGACCGUCAAGAAAUUGCAGAAGGAAGUUGACAGACUUGAAGACGAACUUGGAAUCAACAAGGACAGGUACAAGUCCCUUGCCGACGAAAUGGACUCCACCUUCGCCGAACUUGCUGGAUACUAAGACAAUCUCUUCGUCUUCGUUCGCCACGAUUUAUCAUCUAGUCAUCCUGGUGUGAAGAAUAAUCUACUAAUUAAUUUAUAUAUUGUAUUUCAGACAUUGUGAAAAGAUUCAGAAAGUGUCACAGUAAUUUGUGAGCUUUGAUGUGCCCUUUUAUUCUAGUCUAUUAAGCAUCUAGGAAGCCGUUCAGUUGAUUUAAAUAAAAAAUCUUGUAUAAUAUUC